AAUUGGCCUGCAAAAAUUCUUGAGGGAGAGACAGAGAGAGAGAGGUUACUUAACGGCCAAACUACUGUGUUGGGACCACCCUAAAUCAGAAAUCAUGGACCUGGUGGACCACAAAUAUUUAUAUUGUUCAAUAUUCAGGCUCUCUUAAACCCUUAAGCCUCUAUAUAAGCUCACCUUCUCUCUCAACUUCUUCCUCACAAGCAUACUCUUCUCUCUCUGCCUACUUUGCUCUGUUCUCUCUCUCUCUCUCUCUUUCUCUCUCUCUGCUUUUGUUUGCAAGCAGUGAAAUUAGAAAUCAUGGCAAUGCCACUCUCUCUUCUGCUUCUCUCUCUUCUUCUAAUCCCAGCCUUCACUUCCUCUUCCCCAGUUCAAGAUCCUGAACUUGUAAUACAAGAAGUACAAAAGAGCAUCAAUGCAUCAAGGAGGAAUUUGGGUUAUCUCUCAUGUGGAACUGGAAACCCCAUUGAUGACUGCUGGAGAUGUGACCCCAACUGGGAGAAGAAUCGGCAACGGCUAGCCGAUUGCGCAAUUGGGUUUGGAAAGCAUGCCAUUGGAGGCAGAGAUGGCAAAAUUUAUGUGGUCACAGACGCAGGGGAUCACCCUGUGAACCCUAAACCAGGCACCCUCAGAUAUGGUGUGAUCCAAGAUCAGCCACUGUGGAUCGUUUUCAAAGGUGACAUGGUGAUCAAGCUGAAGGAAGAGCUGAUGAUGAACUCGUUCAAGACCAUCGACGGCAGAGGAGCCAGCGUCCACAUUGCCGGUGGGCCCUGCAUAACCAUACAGUAUGUGACCAACAUUAUAAUUCAUGGACUGAACAUUCAUGACUGCAAGCAAGGAGGAAAUGCCUAUGUGAGAGAUUCACCUAGCCAUUACGGCUGGAGGACUUUGUCGGAUGGAGAUGGAGUUUCAAUUUUUGGUGGAAGCCAUGUUUGGGUGGAUCAUUGCUCUCUGUCGAAUUGCCGGGAUGGGCUCAUCGAUGCCAUCCAUGGAUCCACAUCCAUUACCAUCUCCAACAAUUACAUGACUCACCAUAACAAGGUCAUGCUCUUGGGCCACAGUGAUUCCUACACACAGGACAAGAACAUGCAAGUCACCAUUGCCUUCAACCAUUUUGGAGAAGGGCUUGUUCAGAGGAUGCCAAGAUGUAGACAUGGGAAUUUUCAUGUGGUGAAUAAUGACUAUACUCAUUGGGAAAUGUAUGCCAUUGGUGGCAGUGCCUCUCCAACCAUCAACAGCCAGGGCAAUAGGUUUCUGGCACCAAAUGAUAGAUUCAACAAAGAGAUCACUAAACAUGAAGAUGCACCACAGAAAGAGUGGAGCAAAUGGAACUGGAGGUCUUCAGGAGAUUUGCUGUUAAAUGGAGCUUUCUUCACAUCAUCUGGGGCUGGAGCUUCUUCUAGUUAUGCCAGGGCAUCGAGUUUGGGUGCAAGACCAUCCUCACUAGUGAGUUCACUUACAGCUGGGGCAGGUUCACUCAAGUGCAGGAAGGGCUCGCGUUGCUGAUCAUCAAUGGGACCCAACUUGGCCACAGAGACUAAAGGAGGACAAAAAAAAAAAAGGGAAAAUGAAGGACUAAAUUAAAGAACCAAAAAUAAAAGACCAACUGUAAUUACAAGCAGCUAGCCUAGGUUUUUCAUUUUCUUGUAUAUCAGUGUUUCACUUUAACCUUGAUGUUCCUUUUUCUUGUUUUUUUCUUCUGAAGAUCUCUUGGUGAUCAUUGUGUGAAAGGAACAAGGCCAAAGUGUUGAUAUAAUUAAAUAUUAAGUGAAAGCAGAACUUAAUCUU